AUGCUUGGAAGUGUCUGGAACAUGCGCUGGGCCACGGACAAUCCGGACCUCUUCGCGAUUAUGGAGAAGACCCGUAUGUACAUAGUGCGAGGCUUGCAACCUGAGGAGCCAGUUCUGUCCAACGCAUAUAUCUGCGCCUUCAAAGACCUCCAGAUCCAAAGCGUGCUCAUUGAUGAGGUGAUCCAGAAUCCAGAGAACCCCCGCAAGGAGGUGCUGUUGGACUUUGAGACAAAGAGCUUGAGAGACACCAGAGACAUCCUCACCAAGGUCUCCAAUCUGAAAGAUGCCUUCAACUAUGUGCGUGUCUCAGGGAUAUUGGGCAGCAUUCGUCCCGAGGAUGAUGCACUCAGAAGAAUCGCCAAUGGCGUCGAGGUGCAGAGUGGUGAAGACAAGGUGGAACUGCGUAUCUCACCCAAUGCCACAGUCUUUCACCUGGCAGCAGAGGCGCAAAAGGUGUUGCCCUUGAAGGACUUCCCAAGCCUUUCCCGCGAUGACCGAGAGUUGGAGCAUGACUCCAGCCUGGCGGAGCUUGGCAUCAAGAACGGAGACAUCCUGAAAGUCAACAUCAAGAAGACCAGUGGACCUAUGGAUGGAUUUCACAUGGAUUUGGCUUCCGACACGACGGGUUUCAGCCGUGAGACCUCCCUGUUCACAACAGAUGGCAGUGGUGGGACUGAGACCCCAGCAGAUGACGAUUUGGGCCAUGCCUGGAAGGCUCCAAGGAUGGGAGCUCCUUGGCAGGCCGUUGGUGCCGCGUGUGCUCCGGUUGGAUCACUCUUUCAGAAUGCGGUGAGUUCUCCACUAGCUGAUACCACCCCUCCCCACGAUGGCGAAGGUGCGAUCACGCAUUCCCUGCGGGAGGUGAUCAAGAAGAUUGUUGGUCCAAAUGGAUGUGGUCCGCAGGAGGUGCAGGACUUGAUGUCCAUUGCUGAAGAUAUGGAGAAGGUGGAAUGCGAACACGCGGGGAUGAAGAAGCGCUUGGCGCGGCUGGCGGAUCUCACACGGGAACAGGCCCAAACGGCGCAGGAGGCGCUGCACUUGGCUCAGGACAGUGCAAGGGUGAGCCUGCAGCUCCGAGAGUUGGCUUGCGCAGUGAACAGUGAUGGCGACGGCGAGUCGCCACCAGUGGCCAGCCAGAGCUCUCCAGGAUCAAGGGAAGAAGACAACCAGAUGCUCUUUCAGGCGAUGAUGGUGGGCUUGCAGCAGGCCGCGCUGCAGCAGCAACAACAAGCAGCUGCGGCGAAGGAGGAAGAGCCACGCUCUUUCUUGAUGAAGCGAGGGGAUGUCGACAUGCAGGAAGCCCACCAGCAAGCGCAGCAGCAGAAACCCGCCGCCGAGCGAAGUGUCUCUGGAUCAGGUGUAGCUAGUUCCGUCCACAUGACCAAGGAGGAGAUGGACAAAGCCCGUCGGGCACGUGCAGAGAAACUUGAAAGGGACCAAGCAGAAAAAGCACGUGAGCGCCAGGAGGCCGAAGCCAAGUCUCGGUCCCGAGAGGCGCUCUUCAACAGUCCCUUCGCAGGUGCAGCCAAGCCGAUGGGCAAGUACUGUGCUUGGGCGACAGACAGAUCUCUUCCGUGCCGCGAUUUCAAUGGGUGCCUGAAGGCGCGUUUCGUUUCGGUUCCAAUUGGCUCAUCGUGGAAUGUCAGGGGCUUGGAUUGGCAACUGGAUCCCUUCAGCUUCCUUGCAGAGAGAACUCUGCUUUUGGCCGAAGCCGCCUUGGAGCAGUUGGAAUUUAGCGUGGCAGAGAAGGCCUUCGUUCGCUUCGAGGAUUACCAGGGCAUCCAACUGGUGAAGCGGCUCCGAUUGCUGGACGACAGGGUGAAGCAAAAGGCCGAGGUGGCUGCCUAUUUCCAGCGCUUCGAUGAAGCAGAAAGCCUCUACCGCGAGAUCGAUCGCAAGGACCUGGCGAUUGAUCUGCGGGUGCGUCUGGGCGAUUGGUUCCGAGUCAUUCAGCUGGCGCAUGGAGCCAAUGAGGACUUACUGCAUCAAGCCUGGAGCGCCAUCGGUGACUACUAUGCAGAUCGUUGCAAGUGGCACAAUGCAGCCAACUACUACGCCAAGGCUGGAAACAAUGCAGCUCUGGUCGAUACCUACUACUUCCUGGAGGACUACGACGCGCUGGAGCGAGUCAUCCCUUCACUGCCUGAAGGCAGCCCGCUCUUGACGGAGGUUGGCAACAAGUUCGCCUCUGUGGGGCUGUGUGAGCAGGCCGUUGCAGCCUUUCUGCGACAUGGAGAUGUGAAGACCGCGGUUGACACGUGUGUCCUUCUGAAUCAGUGGGAGCUGGCUGUGAAUCUGGCGCAGCAGCACAACUUUCAACAGAUCGAAGGCUUGCUGGCGAAGUAUGCACAGCACCUGCUGGACAAGAAUAAGAAGAUUGAGGCAGUUCAGCUGUACCGAAAAGCCAGUCGACACACGGAGGCAUGGCUCAGUCUUGGCCGUGCAUUUGGAGACUGUUUCACAGAGGGUUUUGAGGUUGUGAAGGGACUUCUGGAGAGCCUCAACGGUUUCCGGGGCUCGUUGAUUCAGAGUCAAAAGGCCAUCCUGUCGCAGCUGGACAGCGAGCUGGAGAAGGUUCGGCAAUUGGAACGAAUUCCAUCAACCAGGGACGUCGCCGAACCCAAGGGGGAGCCAGCGUCACUCUGCAGCUUGCCGAAGGACGAUGGAAACUAUGGAAGCUUUCAUUCGGCUCCCACACUACCAGGCUGUUUGGAAGAGACACCGCAAGGAGAUGGGUCACAUGGGUUCAGAUCAGCGCGGGAGUCUGCGGUAGCCACCUUUUCCACCCUGAACAACGUUGGAGAGAAACGGAAAAGACACAUGCCUUGGAUCCAUAAGACUGCAGUGGAGGAAGAUACCUCAAUCGCAUCCACCUCGCGCAAGGAGAAGCAAGAGGCUGCGAAGGAUGCUGAAGAGCGGUUUGGUGCAUCUUCAGCGUUUGCCAAUUUGAAUGCCGAGCACGCUGCAAAAUCUGUCCGUAGAUCUGCAUUCGACAACUUUACUCAGCCAGAAGACGUGCAACAUGAGCGCUGUCUUGUGAAGGUUGGAAAGCACCCAUGCUUCGAACGAGUUGCCAUGGCAGCUACAUUGCUAAAUGCAAUUUGGAUCCCCAUCGACAUCGAGUUCAAUGCUGAGCCAGCCUCAGAUGCCUCGCAGGGCUUCUUCGUGGUCGAAAACAUCUUCCUUCUCUUUUUCUCCGUGGAGCUCUUGUUGAGAUUCAUUGGAUAUUCCAGUGGCUGCAAUGCCAUCAGGGAUCCGCCAUUCAUUUUUGAUGCCGUGUUGGUUAGCAUGAUGGUUCUGGAGACGUGGUUGAUCCCCUUGGUAAGUCUCCUCUCCGGUGGCAUGAACGGCGGCACCGACGUGGCGCGCAGCGCAUCGAUUCUGCGCAUCGCGCGGGUCAUGCGGGUGCUGCGGACUGCGCGGGUGGCGAAACUGGUGCGCUACAUGCCCGAGCUGAUCAUUUUGCUGAAAGGGAUGAUGAUUGCGUUUCGAUCUGUUUUCUUUACAAUCGUGCUUCUGAUUUUGGUCACCGUGAUUUUCAGUGUUGCCAUCACCGAAGUGAGCCGCGGAACAGAGCUGCCGGCCUUGUUGUUUUCCUCGAUGGGAUCUACCUUGCUGACGCUGCUUGUGCAGUGCAUCAUGCCUGACCAGGAAGAAUCCUUCAAGCGAGCCGCAGCAGACAACUGGUUCGUAGGACUUUUAUGGUUGCUAUUCAUCCUCUUUGCUUCUUACAUCGUGAUGGGUCUCCUGGUUGGUGUCUUGGUGGAGACAGUGAGUACGGUGGCCACCCUGGAGCGUGAGCAACUGGACAUCGACUUUGCACAGAAGGUCCUGUGGGAGAUGAUCGACAAAGGCGGUGCAGAUGAAGACGGCGACAAUCGCAUCUCGGAGACGGAGUACGUGAACCUCCUAUCAAGGCCUGAGGCUGCCAAAGCAUUGACCGUGCUGGGCGUGGACAUGACGGCAGCGCUGGACUGCGCU